GGUGUGGCUUUGGCUAACCUCGUUUGGGGAAAGAAAGACUCAUCACAAAAACAGAAUAUUUAAAACAUUAAGGAAAUUAGCUCGUUGUCAAACUAAAACACAUGUUUUGGAUCAAGUGAAGGCACGCUGAUAUGGAUGACACACUCUUCCAACUGAAGUUUACAGCAAAACAGCUCGAAAAACUUGCCAAAAAGGCAGAGAAAGAUUCAAAAUCUGAGCAAGCCAAAGUUAAAAAGGCUCUUCAGCAGAAGAAUGUGGAAGUUGCCAGAGUAUAUGCAGAGAAUGCCAUCCGUAAGAAGAACGAGGGCCUUAAUUGUCUGCGCAUGGCAUCCCGUGUUGAUGCUGUUGCCUCCAAGGUCCAGACUGCUGUCACUAUGAAAGCGGUCACAAAGAAUAUGACGCAGGUCACCAAGGCACUGGACAAAGCGCUGGGUUCCAUGGACCUGCAGAAGGUGUCUGCUGUUAUGGACAAGUUUGAGACGCAGGUCCAGAACCUGGAUGUUCACACCUCGGUGAUGGAGGACUCUAUGAGCUCGGCCACCACACUGACCACGCCCCAGGACCAGGUGGAUGACCUCAUCGUCCAGAUAGCAGAAGAGAGUGGUCUGGAGGUGAUGGACCAGCUCAGCCAGCUGCCUGCAGGAGCCACCUCAUUGGGAGAGAGCUCCUCACGCUCACAGCAGGAGAAGGAGGACCAGCUUUCUCGCAGGUUGGCUGCUUUGCGGAACUGAACAUCUCUCAACUAUUCGCGAGACAGGAGGAGGCUUGACAACCGCUUGGAAACAAACAGCUGGGAGCUGUGUGAUUCUAUCAAACUGUUCAUACCGUGAGGACCUAAUGAGCCUAUUGAUUUCCAUCCUCACAUCUAUUUAUAUACACACUCACACUGUGGUGCUGAAAAUACCACCUGAGAAGGCAUGGGUCUCUCUCUUCCUCUCUCUCUUCCCCCCCCGUCUCUGUCUUUUUCUGUUGCACAUCUUUUUUCCACCUUUCAUUUUCCUUUUCCCAUAUCAGUCUUUCCAUCUCUCACUCAUUGUCUUAUAUUAAUUAGGGAUCCCUCAAAUCAAAAUCAAGUGUUAUUUGUCACAUCGUAAAACAGCGGGUGUAGACCAACAGUGAAAUGCUUACUUACGGGCCCUUCCCAACAAUGCAGAGAGAAAAAAUAUCCCCCUUGGUUAGUUGUACUUGUGAAUUUCAGUACAUGACAUAUUUGGUGAUUUUAUAAUUGAAUUGAGGGUUUUCCUGAGAACAUGAAGAGUUUUGCAAAAUGUCCAAAUAGUAUAUUGGAAAAGGGUGUUUUAAAACACACAUUUGUGUAAUAUAUUGAAGCUUGGACCCCCAAAAGUUAUUUAUCUGGAUUGUACCUAUCAGAUAGAAUGAAUAGAACGGACAAAUCAUUGACUUGAAUGGAGAAUAUUAUUUAGUGCUCCGAUGUUUCCCAGUUUGCACUCUGUUUAGCACUAAACCACAGUCAUCUCUUGACACACUGUAUUGACAACACUAACAAACAAAAUUAAGACACACUAUUGUCUACUGCUUUCUCCUAACUCGUAAAAGAAAUAAUCAUCUGACAUAAUGUCAUUAUUUCUAUAUAGAGGGAGGACAAUUCUCAGUCAUAUUUUUUGUUUUCCUGAUUAUUUCUGUUAAAAUAUAUUACUAAUUCAUGCCUAUGUUAUUUUACUUUGAAUAUGUGUGCGUUAUUGGGAUGCAGGGGUAUGCAUAGGUCUUCUUCUCAGUGCCUGGAUGUAUGUAGUUAGACAUAGUGAUUGAUCCUAUGUAAGGUUUUAAUAUUCAGGUUUUGGGACUAUAAAGUUCUAUCUGCCAAAAGAAUAUUCUGAGAUAAUUUGCUUUAAAGUUCUGAACCCUCUUUGGUUUGAAGUGUGUUAGCAAUUUUUUUAUCUUUAAUUCUUUUGAAUUUAAAAACAUGAAUUGUGGUAUUUAGAGUAGAGAACAUUGAACCGAACAAGGUUAUGUCAAUAACAUUUUGACAAGUGCAGAUAGAACCUUAUAGUCCUGAACUCUUGAUUUAUGUUGCCAUAUAACAAGGAUGCCCCCUUUCUGUCCACAUCACAUACAAACCAGAGAUUUGGCUUCUGUAGCUAAGACAUUUUGGGAAUACAUUCAUUUAUUUUAUUUUACAUGGGAAUAGUUAUUAAUACUCAAAGUUAUGCAAGUUUUGCAGUAUUUUGGUAUAUUUAGCCAUCUGAUAUGAACAUUUUGUUAUUUCAACACUCAGGAAAUGACAGCAGCAUAUGGCACCACAAGCAAACUGAUAGACUUCUGGAUUAUCCUAUGGUUGCAGCAUUUGUAACCAGGAAACCAUGUAACCAAGACAUGAGUUCAACCAUCAGACUGUGGGUGCUGUUUCAACACAUCCUCAAAUGCAUGUUUUACUUUUUGCCAAAAUAAGCUCACAUACUGAAGAGUUCAUGAUGUUAAAAAAUGAUCUGUGAUGCUGUGAACAUUUCUCUUUAGUGCUGCUUCACGCAAUUAUGUUGCUUCCUUUUCUGUGGGGAGGGAUGGUCAUUAUUAUUAGCCUUUCAGAUUAUAUUACAUGCUUGCCGUCAGUAAAGAUUGAUUAUGUUAUGCAUUCAUCUGGUGUAAACAGGUCAUGUAGGUAACUGUUUAUGUCAGAGAGACAGACUUAUACUGUACAUGCCUACUGUGCAGCUUCAAAGUAAACCUAAUUUCUCCCCAUGGUCAUACUGAAACAAGGGUCUAAAUGGUCUACAAUGGCUUCAGAAAGUAUUCAUACCCCUUGACUUAUUCCACACUUUAUGUUACAGCCUGAAUCCACUCAGGAACAUUCAAUGUCGUCUUGGUAAGCAACUACGGUGUAUAUUUGGCCUUCUGUUUUAAGUUAUUGUCCUGCUAAAAGGUGAAUUUGUCUCCCAGUGUCUGUUGGAAAGCAGACUGAACCAGGUUUUCCUCUAGGAUUUUGCCUGUGCUUAGCUCUCCUGUUUCAUUUUAGUCCUUGCCAAUGACAAGCAUACCCAUAACAUGAUGCAGCCACCACCAUGCUUGAAAAUAGGAAGAGUGGUACUCAGUGAUGUGUUGGAUUUGCCCCAAACAUAACACUUUUUAUUCGGGACAUAAAGUUAAUUUCUUUGUCACAUUUUUUUUCUUCCAGUUUUACAUUAGUGCCUUUAUAGCAAACAGGAUGCAUGUUUUGGAAUAUUUGUAUUCUGUACAGGCUUCCUUCUUUUCACUUUAUCAAUUUGGUAAGUAUUGUGGAGUAACUACAAUGUUGUUGAUCCAUCCUCAGUUUUCUCCUAUCACAGCCAUUAAACUAACUGUUUUAAACAAGUCACAUUGGCCUCAUGGUGAAAUCCCUGAGUGGUUUCCUUCCUCUCCGGCAACUGAGUUAGGAAGGAUGCCUAUUUUUGUAGUGAUAUACCAUGUAAAGUGUAAUUAAUAACUUCACCAUGCUCUAAGAGAAAUUUGAUAUCUGCUUAUUUUUUAUAUUGACCCAUUCACCAAUAGGUGCCCUUCUUUAUGAGGCAUUUGAAAAUCUCCCUGGUCUUUGAGGUUGAAUCUGUUUGAAAUUCAUUGCUCGACUCAGGAACAUUACCGAUAAUUAUAUGUGUGGAGUACAGAGAUGAGGUGGUCAUUCAAAAAUCAUGUUAAACAUUUAUUAUUGCAAACAGAGUGAGUCCCUGCAACUUCCUAUGUGACUUGUUAAGCACAUUUUUACCCCUGAACUUAUUUAGGCUUGCCAUAACAAAGGGUCUGAAUACUUAUUGACUCAAGACAUUUCAGCUUUUCAUUUGUAAUUAAAUUGUAAACAUUUCUAAAAACAUAAUUAUACUUUUGACAUGGGCUAUUGUGUGUAGGCCAAUGACAAAUCUAAAUUGAAUCCGUUUUAAAUUCAGGCUGUAAAACAAAAUGUGGAAAAAAAUAAAGGGUGUGAUUACUUUCUGAAGGCACUAGGUGUGUAUGGAAUCUUAAGAGGCUUUUUUCCUGUGUCUUUUGUGAGGUAUAUUAUCUGCCCUGUGGCUCUUAACAACUAUCACUCUGCGAAAUGUCUGGAGAGCUCUCCAGUUCAGCAGGUUGUUGGCUUAAAUGCUUUCACAGAAAACCAGACCUCUCCCUUUUUUCUUGAAACCUCUGAGUCAUGAGUCAAAGUAGGCCACAUACUGCACAAUAGAUAACUGCACUCUUUUAUCAAUACUAUGAAAGUAGCUACACUCACUAUCCAUGAUCGAUUGAAUAGCUUUCUCAGAAAAAAUGCUGACUGGACUCACUUAACCUAUUGAAAAGUCAAGUAAGACACUUCAUGCUAUGAAUCCAUUAAUCUUAUGUGAUGUGCCCUUGCUGUUCAGAGAGCACAGGGGGUUCCCUUACAUCAUACGAAUGGUGGUAUCAAAUUUCACAAUUGCAUUUGUUGUGUACGAACGUCUUAGCAGCGACCUGGAACUGGAUACCUUGUAAUGUGUGUGUUCAUGGUCACUCUGUUUUUGCUCAGUGAUCAAAUAUGCAGCGGUCCAAAGAUCAAGAGAAUUUGAUAGUGAAACAUGUUCCUGUAGUGGCUCAUCAAGCUUCCGUUGCAGCAUGGUCUCAUAGACUUGACAAGUUUCUCCAUAGAUAAAACCAUAAAGGUUACAAAAUCUCAAGUUGCCUACUACAUUCAACCUAGAUUUUCUAUAGCACACAGAGGAUGUGUUAUUCAAGAGCUUACCAGACAUCAAAUAUCUGGUACUAGAAAAGACUAGCUUGAACACCUUAAAUCCACCCUUCUGCUCGACAAACAUACCAGGUGCUCCCCCUCUCACACACUAUGCUGAACAAAAAUAUAAACGCAACAUGUACAUUUUUAGUGUCAUGUUUUAUGAGCUGAAAUAAAAGAUCCCAGAAAUGUUCCAUAUGCAGAAGAAGCUUAUUUCUCUGAAAUUUUGUGCACACAUUCUUUUACAUCCCUGUUAGUGAGCAUUUAUCCUUUGCCAAGAAAAUUCAUCCACCUGACAGAUUAAACAGCAUGAUCAUUACACAGGUGCACCUUGUGCUGGGAACAAUAAAAGGCCACUCUAAAAUGUGCAGUUUUGUCACACAAGAGUGCCACAGAUGUCUAACAUUUUGAGGAAGUGUGCAAUUGGCAUACCAACUGCAGGAAUGACAACCAGAGCUGUUGCCAGAUAAUUGAAUGUUAAUGUCUCAACUGUAAGCCGCCUCUAACAUUGUUUUAGAGAAUUUGGAAGUACGUCUAACCGGCCUCAUAACCGCAGACCACGUGUAUGGCGUUGUGGGGUUGAGCAGUUUGAUGAUGUGAACAGAGUGUCCCAUGGUGUGCACCAUGGUGGUGGAGUUAUGGUAUGAGCAGGCAUAAGCUACGGACAACGAACACAAUUGCAUUUGUUGAUGGCAAUUUGAAUGCAUAGAGAUACCGUGACGAGAUCCUGAGGCCCAUUGUCAUGCCAUUCAUCCGCCGCCAUCAUGAUAAUGCAUGGCCCCAUGUCGCAAGAAUCUACACAAUUCCCUGGAAGCUGAAAAUGUCCCAGUUCUGGAUUGCAUACUCACCAGAGCAUUGAGCAUGUUUGGGAUGCUCUGGAAGGAUGCAUACGACAGCGUGUGGUCACGCUAGAUACUGACUGGUUUUCUGAUCCACACCCCUACUUUUUUUAAAAGGUAUCUGGGAACAACAGAUACAUAUUAGUAUUUUCAGUCAUAUAAAAUCCAUAGAUUAGGGCCUAAUCAAUAUAUGUCAAUUGACUGAUUUCUUUAUGCGAACUGUAACUCAGUAAAAUAUUUGAAAUUGUUGCGUAUUUUUGUUCAGUAUAAGAAAACAAGCCUCCUUGCCCUGCUUAAAUGCAUUAUUUAUUGCAUAAAUCGUGUGUGUGAUGCCACCCUUACAAAAAAGAUUGCAGUAAUUUUGAAGUCUAACUACAAUUACUGCUUCCAUAAUACCACAAUUGGCUAGUUACUGCACUUUAACUGCAGUUUCAAACCUGCAAUCUUUUUUUGUAAGGGCAGAAUAACUAAAUAAAGGAAAAUAUCUCCAGCCACAA